AGCGAUUGUACCUAUCUAAGUAUUAACACUGAACCAUCACAUCAGGGCUAUCAUCAAAAAAGCUAUGCCUGGCGAUGAGAUUGCCUUGGAGAAUCUCGAGCGUGAACGUCGAACUUAUCGCCUGACUGGUGUCGCAUCGGUGACAUGCUUCCGGAAAUUAUAUGAUGUGAUUGACAAUCACACCCUCGCUUUGGAAUGGCUGGACUCCACCCUUGCGGAUGUGAAAUAUCAGCCCAACACGCGCAAUUAUGCCAUUAUCAAGGCGGUUCUAAGGAGACGCUGACCAGUUGUGUCGUUCUGGACUGCCAGCAAUACGUGAACACAGAUUUUAAACCUGCGAACAUACUGCUCUCUGGCGUCGACACAGGCCGUAUCACUGCCAAAGUUGGAGACCUGGGGCUCGUCGUUCCGGAUGGCUAUCUUCAUAACGCCCGACCCUAUGCCAUGCGUGCCCCCGAAGUCUUCUUGGGCCAACCAUGCAUCAAGAUAUCUCAGGUCUGGGCAGUUGGAGCACUGCUGCUCUGCUGGGUCAAGCCUGGCAUCUUGGGGGCGUGGGAUAGCCCUCAUCCCCUUAUCAACGAGGCUUGGUGCAUGGCAAAAAUCAAGCGACUGUUCCCCGAGUGGCAUAUCCCCACUCCUGAGCAGGUUGAGCGACCUACCCUCAAAUCUGCAGUCGAAUCUGCUGUGAUUUUGAGCCAAAACGAGGAAGGUCCGCAAUCGAUCGGGUCUUUUGCAGAAGAAACUCAAAACCUCAAAAUGCCCGGCCAGUUGAGAGAUCUUCUUAACCUUAUGUUGGUGGUCGAUCCGUGCCAAAGGCCCUCCGCCUCCGCUGUACUCGAGUCUAAGGAGUUCAAAACAUUCCAGAUGCUAGGCUCUAAUUAACCUAGAGGAUACUAUUUGAUUCUCAUACA